UUUACUACUUUGCGUUUUUGUGUGUGUCAAUCUGUCAAUGUGUGUGCCAUAGACAGAGAGAGACAUGGAGUGACGGGAACUCUUUAAUGUCACAGAAAAUUGAAAGAAACAUGCAUGCGACACGCGCCGACACCUCCGAAAGACGAUUCGAAAUACAGUGCAAAUUGGAGUCUGAGAUCGCUGCUCUAGAAGCACUGAAGGAGGCAGAGGAACGCAGCCGACGAUUGACGAAUGGAGUAGUAGGAAUACUCUCUUCCUUAGAAGACCGUUUAGCUACGCUCCGCCGUACAAUACUUCCAGUUUACAAUGAGACUGAAAAUCUUCAAGCACAACAACACAAUAUAGAGAAAACUUUAAGCGUGUUGGAUCAUGCUAUUGGAUAUUACGGUGUAUGUCAAGAAGUAGAAGCUGUAGUACGUGCCGAACCAAGUGGACCUAGUGGUUUAGAUGGCUUUCUCGAAGCCAUGAAUCGACUGUACAAUGCUCAGCGGUAUUUCCAGAAAAACAAUCCUAGUUCCGUCGAGUUACAAAACAUCACAGGUCUCUUCUCAAUUGGCCUAGAAUCUCUAUAUGCUGAGUUCCAUGACAUUCUUAAUCGCCAAAGUCGACCAAUCCUUCCUAUUGUGCUUCUGGAUCUAAUUGGCUCCGAUGAGGACACCAAUGGCGAGGAUGGACCGCAGUCCUUGUGCCAAUUGCCUGAGAGCGUUAUGAGUGACUUGCUUAAGAUCGCUGGAUGGCUCGAGGAAAGGGGUCACCGUAGACAUACAAAGAUGUAUGCUUCCGUACGUUCCACCAUCGUCUUGAGAUCUCUGUUACUGCUCAAAGAACAUCAGAGAAGCGCCAGUGGUGGUAGCACCCAUGGUGGGAGCCCUAUGCCUCGAGCAAAAUUCGCUAACCGACACUCUCUAGAUGGUCAAGAGAAUGCGGGACGUAAAGCGUCGCGACGGCUGCAGCACGCAUUGGACAAAGCCAACAGAAUGCUAUUGAAAGCGUCGCAAACGACGAGGCUGAAUCUAGCUCUGAAUUCAGUGUCUAGGAAACCGACGCAGCUUAUCCCAUACUCGAUGGAGGAUGCGGCACCCGACGAACAAGAGAUGGAGAAUUAUCUUCUGUUAGCGGCCGGCCUACACAAACUCAUACAAGCUGAGCGUGCAUUGGUCGCGAAGAUUCUUUCAGCUUCUUUGCAUGCACAAGUGCUCGAAGCCACCGUACGCGACGCGAUGGAUUUGGUCGCGCAUGAUGGAGACAGCAUAGCUACGCGCGCCAAACGUUGUAUCACGAGACGCGACUUCUCUGCCGUUCUCGUGGUUUUCCCGAUUUUGAAGCAUCUCGGCGAACUGAAGCCCGAUUUCGAGAGAACGGUCGAAGGUUGCGAUUACGCCCUCCGUUCCAAAUUUGCAUCUGUGCUCGAUACGUUACACUCAACUGGAGCUAAAGCUUUGGAAGAGUUCGCGGAAAGUGUGAGAAAUGAAUCUGGUGCGGGUUUGCCAAAGGACGGUACCGUGGCGGAAGGAACUAGCAAUGUCUUGAUUUUUCUGGAACAACUGGCCGAAUAUGCGGAUAUGGCUGGUACUGUUCUUCAACGCAAUCUUUUCACAGAUCAGUCUGCAUUACACUCGAAAGAGCCGGAAAAUGUACAUAAAAUGGUUCUCAGUGUAUACAUCAAAAAAGUUCUUGCUCAACUGAAUCUGGCGUUAGUGAGUAAAAGCGAUGCGUCUUAUUCCGAUCUCGCUUUACGAGCUUUAUUUCGGUUGAAUAAUCAUAAUUACGUAGUUAACGCUCUCCGUCGAAGUUCUCUUAUGGAGCUACUCUUACUGGCCGAGCCAAGUGCGGAACAAACAUAUUAUGAUCUACUUCUUAAAGACAAAAACAAUUACGUUACUACGACAUUCACCAAAGCCCGAUCAUAUCUCGCAGACGAACCAGAUCUUGCCGCCAAAAUGUUAAAGGAGAAAUUCUUGGGUUUCGCACGAGAACUAGAGGAAGUGACCAAGUGUCAGCGUUCUUAUUCGGUGCCUGACAGAUGUUUGCGCGAAGAGUUAAGGAAGGAAUUGCACGAGGCGAUUGUACCGCUGUACACCGCAUUCUACAACAAGUAUCGCGGCACGUCGUUCUCGAAGAAUCCGACGAAAUACAUAAAGUACACGCCCGAUCAGAUAUCGACGCUAAUCAACACGUUUUUCGACGCCGCCGCAUAAUAACAUACAUGUGUAUCGCACCGCAAAAUGUUUGUCUCGACAAAGAAUUAGUAGAGUAUUUAAUAAACACCCAUUUAAUAAAGCAUAUUUAAUUACAAUAGUUUUAGUGAUUCUUUUCCGUGCGGACCGAAUCUUUAUUUCUUUCUCAAACAGAUUGCACAGAGAUUAAUAUAGAUCUGCGACAAUUGAGAGUCUAGUUAGGUCUUGGUCCAGCUUCCCCCCUCCCCCGCAUUUUGUUUAUAUAUAUUUAUAAUAUAUAUAUAAAAAACAAGUAACGAUUUAGAUUCGAUCAGCGACUUAUGUAUAUAUAUAUAUAUUUAUUUUUAUAUAUAUAUGUAUAUAUGUAUAUGGUUCAUAUUACCACUUACAAUGUACAAAAUCAUACAUUAUACGUGAUAAUAAGAAAGAAUACAUUCGAAGUUCAGCAUUUAUGUACACAGUUGUUAUAUCAUAUCAGAUUUUCUCUCAUUACAUACUUACACACUCGUACUUUUCGCAUUCGUUCUUUCUUUCAUACAAUAGCUCUCUCGCUUUCUCGCAUACAUGAAAUAUUCGCGCGUUCUCUGCUUCGAUAGUCAUAUUUUAUUCCUUUAAAUGCAGCAUUACACUCCUUUUCUUUUAAUUCCGACCUGAUGAUCACACGGUAAUUCUCUGUGAGAAAGAAUGUGAUGAAUUGUGCGCACUAAUCACAGAUUAUUAUCAUCGCGCCAGAAAAUCAUCACUUGCAAGUGAAACAACACAAAGCAGAGAAACUGCUUAAACUCGCAAUUUGACAUUUAUACUUAUAUCACAUACAUCUAAAAUUCUUGUACAGUUAGCUAUUUUUUCUUUCUUAAAUUACGGUAUGUAACAUUUAAUGUUAACCAAUUUAGUGGAAGAAGGAAGCCAUAUUAUGCGGCCGCUGCGCUAUCGAUUCCACUUCGGAAAAUAUAGUUAUCAUUUUUUUUUCAUUUUUUGCGUAUCUAUUGGUUAAUUAUCUCCUUUCAAAAUUGUUACGAACUCAUCUUCGAAGCGAAACUAUUUUUAAACUAUUGCAUAUGUGAACAGAAUUAAAUAUAGGACGUGCACAGUGAACAUUGAAUGGCAUUCGAUUACGCAUCUAACACCUUCAAUUAGAUUUUUAUAUACAAUUUCUCAAAUAAACCUAAGAUUUUUACGAACGUAACAGACCAGUGUUUUUCAGAGAUUAAUAAAUUCUCUUUGUGAAAGAGAAUACGACUCUGUCGAAGCUUUGUUAAAGCCUUUGAUAACAUAUUGUGUUGAAUGCUUGGAAUAAAAAAAAAAUACUUAUGGUUGCUCUAAGUACUUGGAGAAAUGUAUAUAUGCGUGGCAUUACCAUUAUUCACAUUUAUAAUGAACAUCUAUAUGAAUAUCUUCCAAAGAGGUUUGCCAUAUAUUCUACACACAUAUCUCUAAAAAAUAUUCUCUCUUCUUUCUCUCUGAAUUUAUAUCUUGAUGCAUAUCGAAAUUUU